AUGGAAAAUAAGAAUUCUCAAAAAUUAUGGGGUGGCAGAUUCACUGGGGAAGUCGAUCCCUUGAUGCAACUCUACAAUGCAUCAUUACCCUAUGAUUAUAAAAUGUAUAAAGUUGAUUUACAGGGCACAAAGUCAUACACUUCUGGCCUACAAAAAUUGGGCUUGUUAACAGAGGAUGAACUCUCUGAGAUUCACUACGGUCUUGGAAAGAUCAAAGAAGAAUGGGAGAACAAUACAUUUAUCCGUCUUCCGAGCGAUGAGGAUAUUCAUACUGCCAAUGAAAGACGUCUUGGUGAAAUUAUUGGCACCGGCAUCGCUGGCAAAGUCCAUACCGGUAGAUCUCGUAAUGAUCAAGUUGCGACCGAUAUGAGAAUUUAUUGUCGUGACAUUUUGACAAACAAUCUAUUAACUUAUUUAAAAGAAUUAAUAAGUGUUAUUUGCAGAAGAGCUAACGAAGAAAUGGAUAUUUUAAUGCCAGGAUAUACUCAUUUACAAAGAGCACAGCCUAUUAGAUGGUCUCACUGGCUGAGCUUCUAUGCCACUUACUUUACAGAGGAUUAUAAAAGACUUCAAGAAAUAUUAGCCAGAUUGAAUGUAUCUCCUUUAGGUGCUGGCGCUCUUGCAGGCCAUCCUUAUGGCAUUGAUAGAGAAUUUUUAGCGCAAGAUUUAGGUUUCAGCGGAGUCAUUGGAAACUCCCUUGUAGCCGUCUCUGACAGAGAUUUUGUCGUUGAGAUAAUGUUCUGGGGUUCGCUAUUCAUGAAUCAUAUUUCCAGAUUCUCUGAAGAUUUAAUUAUUUAUUCUACUGCUGAAUUUGGUUUCAUAAAAUUAAGCGACGCUUAUUCCACUGGUUCAUCAUUGAUGCCUCAAAAAAAGAACGCUGACUCUUUAGAACUUUUAAGGGGUAAAUCUGGUAGGGUCUUUGGUGAUUUAGCUGGCUUUUUAAUGACCUUGAAAGGUGUACCAUCUACGUAUGAUAAAGAUUUACAAGAAGAUAAAGAAGCCUUAUUUGAUUCCCUAGUUACCGUCGAAAACUCAAUUCUAAUCGCUACAGGUGUUGUAUCUACUUUAACUGUUGACAAAGCCAAAAUGGAACAAGCUCUAACUAUGGACAUGUUAGCUACUGAUUUGGCCGAUUACUUGGUUAGAAAAGGUGUUCCAUUUAGAGAAACUCAUCAUAUAUCUGGCGAAUGUGUUGCGUUAGCGGAGAAGCUAAAAUUGAGCGGCAUUGAUAAAUUAUCUAUCGAACAAUACAAACAAAUUGAUGCAAGAUUCGAGAAAGAUCUUUUUGAAACAUUUGAUUUUGAAAAGAGUGUCGAGAGAAGGAAUGCUACCGGUGGAACAGCUAAGUCUGCAAUACUAAAACAACUUGAAAACAUACAAACCCAACUACAAUAG